AUUACCCUAAUUUGUGCAGAGAGAGAGGCGCGGCGAUCUUCGAGCUUUUUUUUGUUGCGAUGAAGACCGUCACCGGAAGAGUUAUUAGUGCUGAACCAAUCUCACUCUCCAAAGCAGCUACGCUUCUCUCUAGGUUCACUUCUUCUGAUAAUGGAGCCUCUCAAGACGUUAGAGCGUACCUCCAACGAGCUUCUGCUGCCUUCACCGAAUUAAAGAGUUUCCACAGGGAGAUUAGAUCGAAGGAGACGAAGCCAAGCUCCGAGGCGAGGAGUGAGCAGAAUGUUACCGAAGAAAUCGAUGGUGGGGAGGGUCGUGACCGGAAGAGUGAAGGUAUGAGUGAGGAAUCAGUUUACGGAAGGGAAAAGGAGAAGAAGAAGAAGAAGAAGAAUAAGAAGAACAGAGAGGAAGAUGUUAUUGUUGAGAAGGUGGAGGAUCAGUUGGAAGAAGAGGAAAUGAGCGAAGAUAGAAAAGAGAGAAAGAAGGAAAAGAAGAAGAAUAAGAAGAACAAAGACGUAGAUGUUAUUGCUGAGAAGGUGGAGGAAAAGUUGGAAGCCGAGGAAAUGAGCGAAGAUAGAAAAGAGAGAAAGAAGAAGAAGAACAAAGACGAAGAUGUUAUUGAUGAGGAGGUGAAGGAUAAGUUGGAAGACGAGGACAUAAGCAAAGAGAGAAAGAAGGAGAAGAAGAAGAAGAAGAAGAAGAAGAAGAAGAAGAAGAAGAUGAUGAAGAGUGAGGAAGAGAUGGCUUCAGAGGAGAGAAAGAGCAAAAAAAAGAGGAAGAGUGAUGACGAGAUGGGCUCAGAGGAGAGGAAGAGCAAGAAAAAGAGGAAAUUGUAAGAAAUUGAUGGUUAAAGUUUGUUUAUUUGGGUUUUUUAGCUCAAGGUUGGGGAAAAUUUUGUAUUGCAAAUUAACAGCAAAUCUUUCAAAUUUUGGUUCAAGUGUAGUUGAAGAUGUUACUUGGUGACAAUUAAGAUUGAGAAAGAUUUUGAUUUUUGGAUUUCUCUUGUUAGUUUAUGUUGUCUGCAUUCAAGUUUUUGUGUUUUGGUAGUGUGAUGCUACUACCCUCUUAUAUCCCUGACUAUAUUUGGAAGAUGUUUUAAUGCAAAGUUUUCGAUCUUA